UGUAUGGUCCUCCAGUCAUUAUCGAAUCUGCUUUCCCCUCUCUUCCGUCAUUGCCCACCUCCACUUGCGGGUCACUGACCACAACAAGUCGUGGAGGAUAGAUCCUAUUUGACCCUGUGAACGAGAUCCGUGAGUUGAGAUAUACCGAUUCUGACCUUAUUAUCGUGAGCCUUAGGUAUGGAGCUGAUCGAUGGCGCAUAAUCCUUAUAGUGUCUCCUCCGCAUCCAUACCAAUAAGCCGACUAACACACCUGCGACCGCUCCUCGGAUUCGUCCAAUUGUUAAGCACAUCUUGUCGAUAGUAACCCCUGUACUUUGCGGCUCAUCUUGAUUUUGGCCUUUGGGACCUCCCCUCCCUCCUUGUUCCCGCUUCCAUCCCCCCUCCCAGCAGAGUGAAUUGUUCGUACGACAAGCAUGGUCUCCCCUAGUUUCAAGCUUUCUCCGAAUAUAUCUGUCUGGAUUUGACAACAAUGGAGGAUAAUAUAACCCCGGAACCCAUCGAAGGAUCUCGAGCAAAGUUGUCGGCAAGAGCGCCAGGAACAAAAGCGGGCAUUGCUCCUUCAUCGAAACGCCGCUGUGUGAGCACAGCAUGUAUUGCAUGUCGCAGGAGAAAAUCCAAGUGCGACGGAAACCUUCCCAGCUGCGCGGCUUGUUCCUCUGUCUACCAUACACCUUGCGUUUAUGAUCCGAACUCUGAUCACCGCCGGAAGGGGGUCUACAAAAAGGAGACAGAUACGCUUAGAACAAAAAAUACAACCCUGCUGACUCUGAUACAAGCGUUGCUCAACUAUGAGGAGGAGGAGGAUGCUUUCGAGUUGGUUCGACAGAUUCGAUCUUGCGAUAACCUGGAAGAUGUGGCGCAAUCAGUCUUGGACCGGGAAAGCGGAUCAUCACCUGCCUCUGGCGAAGCCGCGCCAACAGAUGACGAUAUGCCAACGCAAACUGACCAGUUUGAGGCUGAAUUAGCGGGCAAGAUGAGCAAUCUCAUGUUAGACGGGUCUCGGAAGUUUAUCGGGGGAACGUCAAAUCUCAUUUUUCUACCUCCUGGGUCGGAGCUGAACGAAUUCAAUCCAGGACUAAAUAAUCAGCAACUGGACAACAACAUUGAAAGUGCUGUCGCGCAAUGGACGAGAGUCACAGAUGAUGAGCAACUGACUAGUCACCUACUGACCAUGUACUUCACGUGGCAUUACCCAUUCUUCACCACACUAUCUAAAGAGCUCUUCUACCGCGAUUAUGUUCGCGGGGUUUCAAGCCAAUACUGCUCUUCCUUCUUGGUCAACGCGAUGUUGGCUUUGGGCUGCCACUUUAGUUCCUGGCCAGAUGCCCGUGAGGAUCCAGAUAAUCCCGCAACAGCUGGCGAUCACUUCUUCCAGGAGGCGAAAAGGCUGAUUCUUGACAACGACGAGCUGGUAAACUCAAAACUGUGUACGGUGCAGGCUCUAGCCCUUAUGUCAGUGAGAGAAGCUGGAUGUGGCCGUGAGGGCAAAGGCUGGGUGUACAGUGGAAUGAGCUUCCGCAUGGCUUUUGACUUAGGGUUGAACCUUGAAUCCACUAGUCUAGGAACACGCGACCUUGGUGAAGAAGAAGUGGAUGCACGCCGGAUUACGUUUUGGGGCUGCUUUCUGUUUGAUAAGUGCUGGUCCAACUAUCUCGGCCGGCAACCCCAAUUCACAACGGCCAACUCCAGCGUGUCCAAAGUUGAUAUCUUCCCCAAUGAGGAAUCGUCGUUAUGGUCGCCUUACUCAGAUGAUGGGCCCAAUCGUGAACUCACACAACCCUCCCGAACCCGAGCAGUUUCUGUUCAACUUUCUAAACUCUGUGAGAUUAGCGGGGAUUUGAUAGUCUUCUUCUACGACCUAACACCCAAGGAAAAACCGACAUCGAAACAAGCGGAGCUGAAAAACCUCACUGGAAUCCAUACCAGGUUGGAGGCUUGGAAAAAGGGUCUCCCAAAGGAACUCGAACCAAAAGAGGGACAACUUCCUCAGGCGCUCGUUAUGCACAUGUUCUAUCAACUCCUCAUUAUUCAUCUCUAUCGUCCCUUCUUAAAGUACACCAAGUCCACAUCCCCACUCCCGCAGCAUGUCUCUCCCCGCAAACUAUGCACCCAGGCUGCCACUGGAAUUUCAAAACUGCUCCGCGUUUACAAACGUGCAUAUGGCUUAAAGCAAGUCUGCAAUAUUGUAGUCUACAUUGCGCACACUGCCUUGACAAUCCAUCUACUAAACUUGCCCGAGAAAAUCGCUCAAAGAGACGUCAUUCACGGACUUCGACAUCUCGAGGAGAUGGGAGAAUUCUGGCUUUGUGCUCGGCGAACACUUCGGAUUCUUGACAUAUCUGCCAAUAAAUGGCAGGUCGAACUGCCAAAGGAGGCGAUCAUCAUCUUUGAACAAACACACGCACAGUGGGGUUCCUGGGGCUCGUGGGACCAAGCAACAUCGCCAUCGGCCUCUGGGGAGUCACCGCCUGCCAACAUUGUUCAACUACCUCCUCUGACAAUGAGCCAUCUACCUCCACCAGCAGUGCAUUCUUCUGCACCUGAACCCCCAGAUUCGUCUCUCCAACCAGGCCUUGCGGUUCCGGGGCCUAUUGGCCCUUUAUACUCAUCCUCUCUUCCAACUUCGCUCUCGAUUUCCGCCAUGCGUUCAGCGGAGCGAUCGUUUGGAGCGCAACUCGCGCGAAACGAAACGCAACUACCGGAACCUACCUACCUACGCCCCGUAUCUAAUAGCUAUACCUCCACACCGCCUAGUCAACUUCCGCUACAGAAUCAGUGGUAUGGUCCUGAUGAAACCCAGAUGCAUGCUUUCACUGCCAACCACAAGGUUCCCUCGACAUCUAGCUCUUCCCCAAUGACCGGACUCGAUGGGCCAGAGAACCUUGUUGAAGAGAGCCAAGACUGGUGGUCCCGCGAAGUAAAUUCACUGCACUUUGGAACAGGUGAAUGGACCCAAGCGUGGAAUGCUAGUAUGGCUGCUGGUGCACCGCUAGAUUGGCGCUUUGAGAAUAGCAUGCCCACUACUUCACAGGCAUUCGAGUCGGAAAGUGGCUUGAGACCUGUCCAACCUCAUCCAACACUAGCUGGAGUUCCUCACAUUACAGGUUCUGGUCAGGACUCGGACGGUUCUCAUAACCCCAGCGAUCAAAGUCAUUUGAUGUUCUCCAGUAAUUAUACACAAUAACACGAUGGGCAUUUCUUGGAGGAAGUUCUACUUCUAGAACUACUGGUUCAGUUGAAAACUCACGACUUGAUGAUGUGAUGAUAUAUAUACCCUUGGCUUCUUUCCUUUCGUCUCCACAUUGUGCUAUAUACAGCUAUAUAUUUCGCUGGGUUUUCCGGAGACUUUCCGGAAGAGUCCCCCCAGUUCUACGUUUCCACAUACUGAUAGGCUUUACGCCCUAAGCUAAGUACAACCUUGAAGUACACAAUAGGUCAAACUACAAUUGAAGGUAGUUCUGAUGAAAAUUAUUUGGAACAGCGUAUUAUAUGGUUUCAACCUUUUGAACUCCCGAGGCUAACUCGAUGGCUUAAUUGAACUUUCCAGGUUAGUUCGUUAUCUCGGGGGGCUGAUUAUCUAUAUUCAAAUUGGAAUAGUAUUAUAUUAUACACUAU